CAACCAGUAAUGAUUAAUCGUGAUUUCUUUCUGUCCAUCAUAUGCUUGUUAUUUACAUUCCUCCAAAUAGGAAAAUCUGGCUUUACAUGCCGCAAUGGCCAGGUAAUACCUAACUCCAAUAGAUGCGAUGCUCAUAGGGAUUGUAAGGAUGGUAGCGAUGAGAACUUUGUUGAAUGCUACAAAGAGAUCUGUCCGGAGUAUAAGUGCUCAUAUGGAGGCUGCUACCGGGAAAUCCAGCGUUGUGAUGGUAAAUUAGACUGUUGGGACGGAACAGACGAACACCCAAGCCUCUGCAAUAAAAUUCAUAUUCAAUUGAAUUCUGAAGUGAAGAAUUCAUCGCUUAUAUGCACGGAAAAUAAUUUGAAAUGCCAAUCAACUUCGGAAUGCCUGGAUGUUAAAUACAUUUGUGAUGGCGUCAAGGACUGCCAGGAUGGCAGCGAUGAAACCAAUGCCAAUUGCCUAAUUUCCGAGUGCCCCAGCGAUACAUUCCGCUGUGCCUACGGAGGAUGUUUAGCCAAAACUAAGGCAUGCGAUGGUGAAAUUAAUUGCUGGGACAAGUCGGAUGAGGAGUAUGACAUAUGCGUACAAAAACUUGGAAAACUUGUGGCUGCGACUCUCACGGAAGCCCGAAAUGGCACAAAUCGCACCACACGAAUGGUUUCAGGCAAUGAAAUAGAUGCCCACCGCAUAUUUGCUCGGCAGUCUACGGGCUGCAGAAUUCCAGGAAACCUGAAACAUCUUCAGGUAAAAACCCUGUUUAAUGUCCUGCCCUACAAAGUGGGUGCAGAAAUAGCGGAAUUCACUGUUGUGCGAUUGAGUUGCUCUGACAACACACAGCUGUACGGAAGUGAUCUUAAUCUCUGCAUCAAUCGAAAGUGGCAAGGACCCUGGCCGGACUGUAAUUCGCGGUGCCACAGAAGGAUUUUCACUCGGGAUCCCUCAAUUAGAUCUGCCUGUCAUUACAACGGAGAUACUGGGGAUUGCACACACAAGUCGACCAAGUUGUUCACUGGAACCUUGGCCAACGUGACCUGCGCUCCAGGUUACAAGCCAAAAGGAAAGACUUCUUGGCAAACUCGAGCCUGCGUGGAACAUACGAAUGCCACAUCACCGGUUUGGGUUCUUGAGAAGAAACAACAUCGUCUCCAAUGCGUUCCCGAAUGUGGCAUAAUAGUGCCUGGAGUUAAGGAAAUUCCUUGGACAGUCAGUCUAUUAACAAAUGCCUUGACCAUGUCCAAUUUCUCGUUCAGAUGCGUGGGCAAAAUAAUCAGUGCUUACUCUGUUCUUGUCGAGAAACAAUGCAUUGAUACCGUCGAUGUGAUGCGAUAUGCCAUUGUCACUGGAGAGCACUUGAUUGCUUUCAAAAACUACGAUGAGAGUCCUUAUAAGGUAUACCUCGUCGAAAAUAUAUAUAAAGGCUCGCAAAAUGCCCUUGUCGGCAUUGUUGAGCCCUUUAUAUUUUCUCCCUUAUUGCGCCCAAUUUGCCUGCCUCCUAUUCCCGAGUGGUAUGCCCUGUCCUCGAACUCAACUGCCUAUACGACCUCAAAUGGCAUUAAAACCAACUAUAUGAUUAAUAUUGAAGAUGACAUACGCGAGAAAAUAAAACUCAUACACGAACACAACGGCCAGAAAGCAAAUGAAAGUAGCCGUAAUUCUCAAGCUUAAAUAUACAUUUAAGAUUUCGCCUUAGCUAGAUCCUUCAAAAUGUCAGAUAUACACAAAUUGGUCCACAUAAAGCACACAUCUUUUUUAUA